GGUGGCAAGUGUCUCCUCAAAAGGAAAAUGCUUCCAGAAGGCAUGGGACCCUGUGGGAUUAUUCGUCAAGCUUGUCUUUAUGUGAAGGAAAUACAUAUGUUCUUUGACUAUACAACGGAGGAGCAGGUAUAAUUUUGUCAAGCAAGAAAGAGAGAGGAGAACCACUUUAUUCUGUAGAAUAUGAAAAAGUAGGUCACCUGUAUGGGUCCCUUCCAAGGUUAAAACCAGAAUCAUUGCCUUGAUGAAAGACAGCUGUGAUAAAUCUUGUCCGCCACCAUUAAUCAAAUCAUAUAGGGCGCAAAUUGUCAGAUAUGUGCCAAGUUACAGGGCCCUGAUAAGACUUAUGCCGUGGAAAUGCUAUGGCAGAUCCAAAUAAACAAUAAAUAGCAUGAAGUACAUGUGCACCAUUGUUGAAUACUUUUUCCCAAUAGAAGUUUUCAUUCUCUCCCCUGCUGCAGGGAAUAUUGGCCCUAGCAAACCCCAAAUCUUCUCUUCUUGUCUCUUUGUGUUUGUAAGGAGUGGAGAGGGAGCCAGACGUUUUAUGUAAAACCAUGUCAAAUACAUUAGAAUAGUUUUUUGGGUUUACGUAACAGCAAUGGGCAAUGCCAUAGCUAGAUUGUUUGAGCAAGUCUUUUCCUGUGGGCCGAAGGAAGUUCGGAUUCUGAUGCUAGGUCUGGAUGGCGCAGGUAAGACUACAAUUCUGUACAAAUUCAAACUUGGUGAGUACGUGAGAACCGUCCCAACAAUUGGGUUUAACAUAGAGACAGUGAGGUUUAAGAACCUGAGCUUCACUGUGUGGGAUGUGGGUGGCCAAGAUAAAAUCCGCCAUCUCUGGAGACAGUAUAUGGUUAAUGCACAGGGGCUCAUUUUUGUACUGGAUAGCUGUGACAAAGAGAGAAUAAAGGCAGCAAAACAGGAGCUAGAUAAACUGAUGAGCGAUCCAGAGCUAGCAGAUGUGAAGCUGUUGGUCCUGGCCAACAAACAUGACCUUUCAACUGCAAUUCCUGUAAGUGAAGCCACACAGAUGGUGGGUCUCAAUGAUCUCAAGCAAAGAAAAUGGCACAUCCAAAAAUGCAGUGGCAAGACAGGAGAGGGGCUCAGAGAUGGUUUGGACUGGCUUGCUAACGCCAUCAAAGAACCCAACAUCCUUCAAAGGGUAGGAAGCCUAAGAUUGCCUCGUUCUUUGUCCCACUCUUCUUCCCACAGAUCUUAUCCCGGGGCUUAACCCGAGUACAACCAACUUCAACAAAAGAUAUUUGCUCUGUACAUUAUAAAAAUAUGUUUGAUUUCCUGUUGUACAGAGGGCUGUGGCCAACUCUGGAAUGACUCAGUAGUUUUAAUUUGAUAACCUUUUUUUCUUUCAUAAAUGCAUGAUUCAGAAUAGUUGAUGAAAUCAAAAAGCUUAAUCAUAUCUUGGAUAUGGGACUUUGAUUUUUACUUUGUAUUUGAAAAACAAUGUAGGAAGAAGAUUUGUUUUACAGCA